AUGCAAGAAACAAGGAGUCAAAUAGAUACUGUAAGACGUAUAGCAAACAAUGCACGUACGGGAUUGGAUACUUUACGAGAAGCACAAAAUACACUAAAGGAAGCAAAUGAUAUUCUUGGCUCAGUAUCAGACAUGCAUGAAGAUUGGCUUAAAGGUAUUGACAAAUCUUUAAAAAAUCACAGUCAGUCUAUUGCUGACUACAAGAAAAGUAUAGAUUUUUUACAUAGUGCUAUGGACGUACAUGAUGGAAGCAUAAGGAACUUACUUAAUGCUAACAAUAACUUACCAGGAACUAUUAAAGCAUUUAUAAAGUCCUUUGUAAAACCUGGUGCUCUAACAUUUAGGUCUUUGAGAGCAAGAGCAUUGAAGUCAAGAGAUGCAGAAACUCCAACAGAACCUACAGAAGGAACUGAAACAACAGAAACUCCAGAAGAACCACCAAAACCAACAACUAAUGAAAUAUUGUUCGAAUAUUUUCCAAGGUACUCUGUUCUCAUUGCAUACAUUCAAGAAAUACUUAAGAAAGCAGACUUGACUUUAGGAGAUGAUGAAAGUUCUGUAUAUCUUUCGUUCCAGUUUCAAAUAGCAGAACUUUUGAGACAGAUAUGCUUAAUGUAUGACAACAUCUCUGAUUUCACAAGAUAUGAUGACGACCAUGACCCCGAACAUGGUGAAGAAGAAGUUUUACAAACAUCCAUUAAGACAGGAAAGGUUUUAACACAAAGUCUCAUUAUUGACACCAAAGAUGGCGAAGUGGACGUUCUUCAAGAGCUGAAGAAAAAUACUUCUUCGGGAGGUGGUGGUAGGCAUGAACUUGAAAUAAAUGAGAUAGAAGAGAAAUUAGCCGAAAAAGCAGAUAAAGAACAUAAACACAAUAUCUCCGAUAUAAAUGAACUUCAAGCUACAUUAAAUAGUAAAGCGGACAAGAACCAUGUUCAUUAUAUAAGUUCAGACGAACAGAUUAUAACGGACUAUCAUGGAUAUUUAACACAGGAUGAAGAAGUGAAGACGAAAAAUGUUAAUGAAAGAAGAUAUAAAUUCAUUCGUGCUAAAGGUUAUGACAUACACUGUACUGUACAGUAUGACACAGGUAUAGCACCACAAACAUUUGGUUAUAACGCUGAAAUUUAUGCUUCAUACUUCUUUGUUAACGGUGUAUUAGUUGAACCAAGAUUUAUGUUAAGAGUUAAGGCAAAAAUAACUUUUGAAGAUGCUAUUAAAAGUAAAGCUGACAAAAAUGAACUUGACGCAACGAACAAAGUUUUGAAAUCUCAUAAACACAAUAUCUCCGAUAUAAAUGAACUUCAAACUUCUUUAGACAACAAAGCCGACAAAAAUCAUACACAUAAAUCCUUCACUACUGUUAGAGCAGACGACAUAAUAUUGAACUAUGAUUUGGGUUCAAGUGCACCUUUAGAGAAUCCGAGUACAAGCGUAAAAGAUACACUAAACUCCUUAAAUGGUAAAUGUAUGAAUAUCGAAGAUCAUGCCAGAAACUUUGAAGCAUAUGAACUACCAGCAAUGUUAGAUAAGAAAGCUGACAAAAAUCAUACACAUAAAUCCUUCACUACUGUUAGAGCAGACGACAUAAUAUUGAACUUUGACCUUGGUUCAAGUGCACCAUUAGAAAAUCCAAGUACAAGCGUAAAAGAUACUCUUAACAAUUUAGAUAAGAGUUGCAGGAAUAUCGAAGAUCAUGCCAGAAACUUUGAAGCAUAUGAACUACCAACAAUGUUAGAUAAGAAAGCUGACAAAACAGAGCUUCAAACAUUAAAGACAGAAAUACUUCAAACAUUAUAUCCUAUAGGCUCUAUUUAUACGUCAAUGAACUCAACAAAUCCAGCAAGUGUUUUAGGUUUUGGUACAUGGCAGCAGAUUGUAGACAAAUUCUUAUACUGUGCUAACUCUUCAAAGCAAACAGGAGGUUCGAAGAAAAUUAAAGAAGCAAACCUUCCACCGCACACUCAUACAGGAACUACAAACACAACAGGUAGUCAUUCACAUUCAAUAACAAAAAGAGGUUAUACAAAUCUUGCAGCAGGUUCGGAUAGACAGGGAAUGCAUAGAUAUGAUAUUUCAAGUGACCCAGUAGAUUCAAGCACAGGUAUUUUCUGUGGAACCACAGGAAAUCAUGCCCACACUUUCACAACAAAUCCAACAGGCUCGGGUGCAGAUUACAUGCCACCAUUUGUGACUGUAUUCGCAUGGUACCGCGUUCAAUGA